AUGCCAGAGACAGUUGCUGUGAUAGGUGCAGGGCUAGUGGGCUGCUUGACUGCAAUCGCCCUCGCCAAGAGAGACUAUAAGGUGACAUUGUUUGACUACAGAUUGGAUCCCCGCGACCAGAAGACGAUUGAUCGGAAUUUGAGGUCCAUUAACCUGGCUAUAUCAUCGCGUGGUAUUAGCUCUUUAGAGUUUGUGGAUAAGGAGGUGGCAGGCAGAGUGCUUAAGGGUAUCAUUCCGAUGAAGGGGAGAAUGAUUCAUCAUCUGAACGGUGCUCAGGAGUCGCAAACGUAUGGUCUCUUUGGCGAGUCAAUUAACUCGAUAGAUCGUGCUGUCCUAAAUCACCUUUUACUUGAUGAGCUAGAGAGAAUCGGCAGCGACAAAGUACAGGUGAAAUUUGGACAUAAACUCAGCAAAAUCAAGUAUGGCAAACCAGACGAGUUCCAAAGUUGCGUAUUCGCCACAGAAGAGGGCGUAGAUCAAGUUUAUGCGACUAAUUUCGUGGUUGGUUGCGAUGGUUCAUAUUCCACCACGAGAGACCAAAUGCAGAGAGAGGUUAGAAUGCAUUUUAGCCAGGAAUACAUUGAUUGCUGUUAUAUUGAGCUUUAUAUCCCACCUUCCAAGAACUAUGACGCUCGCUAUAAGGGAAAUUUCUCUCUAGCGCCAGAUCAUUUGCAUAUUUGGCCUCGCCAUCAGUAUAUGCUCAUUGCACUCGCCAAUGCAGAUGGCUCAUUUACCUCCACAUUUUUUGGACCCUGGGGACUAGUCGAGUCUCUCUUAAAAUCGGAGGCCAGGGUCAGAGAGUUUUUGAUCAAGAAUUUCCCCGAUGCCAUGGAGAUUAUGGGUAUAAACCAAGCCGUGAAGAGCUUUAUGAGUCAUCCCAAAGGAGCGCUCAUGUGCAUUGAGUGUGAUCCCUAUAAUGUCUCUGGUGGCCGAGGUAUCAUUCUAGGGGACGCUGCUCAUUCUAUGGUUCCAUUUUAUGGACAAGGCAUGAAUUGCGGCUUUGAAGACGUCAAAGUUCUUAUGAAACUUCUGGAUGCCUAUGAUGGAGACCGUGCCAAAGCCUUUGAUGCUUACACCAGGGAAAGGCAUCAGGAUCUAACCGCCAUCGUGAAGCUAGCUAAACGUAAUUACAAAGAAAUGUCUCACGAUGUGACCUCCAAAGUUUUCCUUCUAAGAAAAAAAUUGGAUCACUGGUUAGGGAAAUUGCUCAAGGACAAAUGGCUUCCUCUCUACACGAUGGUAUCUUUCAGGGCCGAUAUCCCAUACCAUAAAGCCAUCGCCAUUUCCAAGAGACAAAAGACUAUCUUAGACUUCAUCCAAGUGCUAAUUAUCGCUGCGAUAUCUCUUCUGGGAUACGAAGGGUUCAAGCGCGUAUCAAGAAGGCUUAAACAAGCCUCCAGACAGUAA